AUGGGUAAUACAGGCUCAGCAUUAUGCGAACGAGUCAAAGGUUUGACAGAGAGCGAGCUUUCCAAAAGCUCCAGAGAAGACGACGAAGUAGCCUUAAUAGUCGAUGAGUUAUAUCAGCCAAAUUACUUGAGCACCCUUAAAGAUCUCUCAAACUACGAAAUUCCCGUGCUCAAACCCCGUCAGGCUCCAUCAGCCGACACAAAGCUAGAAGAAGUGAAAUUCGCCUUUGUUCACGCUCAAGAAAACCGUGUUUUUGACAAGCACGAAGACCUCCGCAGCGCUCUUCAAUCAGAAAUUUUUUCGCUUCUAUCCAAAGAAGAUGAUCCUGAUUUCAAGGACAUCUGCACAAAGCUCCAGUCUCUUUGCCGAGUGCAAGAAGGUCUUAUCAGACAAGAAGAGCGUGAAAGAAGAAGACUCAUGAAAUCCUCACAGAGUUCAGAGGAAAAGCAAAAAAAGAAGAAAAAAGAGCUCCCAGUUCCAGCACAGAUUGGCCUGCAGUUUGGAGUUGAAACUUUGAUUAAUUUGGUGAGGGUUGUGGGAACGACAAAUCAUGAAAUUUUUGGACUGGUCAUGAAUUCGAUAACUGGGAUUUUGAUACAGCUGACUCCACUUUCACUGAAUAUUGAUGAUGGAGGGAUUUUGAAAGGUCUUGAUACGGUCAAAAUGUUUUUAGAAGGCGUCCUUAAAGGUAGUGCGGCAGGCGCGACGGAAACAGAUUCUGUAUUGGCACUUGCACCGCUCUUUGGAAUGGCGCUGUCAAAAGGAGACUUAUCAAGUGCACUGGCGGUGGCACAGAAGUUUUUAGAGCUUGAUCAGUCACCAGCUUUUUCUAAUGCUUGCUCUAUGAUGAUGCCAUUGCUUAAAAAUCUAUCAGAUCUUGAAGGUUCUGGAAUCGGCAGAAAAACACUAAUGAAUUGGAACCCUAGCAAAUUAGGCCCAGAUAUUGCUCUUACUCCUCGCUCUCUUUUAAGCGAUUAAAACCAUCAGAAAAAUUUAGUUUUCGAGAAAUUAGUCUCCUCCAUUAGCAAGUAAAAAUAUUUUAUAGAGCACUUUUUUUAUAUAGCAAGUAAAAAAUAUUUUUUAUAGCACAUUUUUUUAUAUAGAAUAUUUGAUAUAAAUAUGAUUUAUAUUUGAAAUUUAUGAAAAUUUUAAAAAUAACCCUUCUGAUAAAUACGCAAUAUUUUUGCUCACUGAUGGAAGAAGAGGGAAUCAGUAAUGAAAAUUUAUCAGUGACUAGAACAGAUUCAAGUGGCUGGGGCUGCCAGCUUUCAGAGCAAAGCUUGACCUCAGGAAUACAUUACUACGAAUACAAAAUAGAUAGAAACAACUCCUCUUGCUUGCUUCUGGGGGUUGCAGGCGCUCAGUUUAAUAACUUCACAAGCAAAAGCUCUGGAGCGCACUGCUAUACUCUCCAGGCGGAUGGAGAUGCUUAUAUGAAUGACAGAGGAUCUGGAAACGUGUUUAGAUUUGGAGAAGGCGAUAGAAUUGGGAUUUUGAUUAACAUGGAGGAUAAAAAUAUCACUUUCUUCUUAAACGGGAAAAAACAAAAUAAACCGCCUUUCGGGCCUUUGCCAGAUGAAGUUUAUUUGCUAGCAUGCUUUGGAGGUUCCAAUCAAUUUGUCACAGUCUUAAAUGAGCCUGAAAUCCCUGAUGAAGCUCAAGAUGCAAUCGGGUCACACUUAGUCCCACACAAAGAAGAAGAAAAAAAAGACAACGAAGAAGAGGACGAAAAACAAGGAGAAGAAGUCCAAAUUUUCCCUAUUCGACCAAGGGACAUUCUAAAGUCCAGCAGAUUCAGGAUUAUCGCUGAAGGAAAAGCUGAUGUUACAAAAUUAACAGCUCAAGAAUUGUCAGUUUUUCUGCUCGCAUGUCUGGAUAAAUUAAAUGAAGCCUAUUUUGAAGUGUUUAAGUUAAAUGAGAAACCUUCUUCCGAGCCUAUCAAAGCAAAGCUGAGCAAGCAGCAGCCAUUGUGCUUAGAAAUAAAGCCUGAAGUCUUUCAUAUGCUCACAUCAAUGCUGAAAUUCAUUCUUCAGCUCCUUAAAGAACAAGUUUGGAAAAAAAUGGAUUUCCAUCUGUGUGCCUGGGCUGGAGUUUGCCUUCUUCGCCUAAUAAGAUCUCACUUGUUUACGGUUUUAUUUUUACAGCUUAAAGACGAAGAAACUGGAAUCACUCACGAACUGAGAGAAAUCUUGUAUGGUCUUUUACAAGACUUUUUGGAGCUAGAAGUCACUAAUUUUGGAGGAGAGUAUCAAACCAAAGAAGACCUCGAUGCUCUUAAUGCGCUCAAAAAAGAAUCAUCUCUAACACUUAUUCAUGGCUUUGAAGUGUUCUAUCCUACACAAGUAGCAAAACUAGACUACAUCAAUAAAAGCUUAGAAGACACAAAAGCAAAGAAAAAACUUCACGACAUCCACUUGAACAUCCAGAAACUAGUAUUUGACAAGAUGAGCAUCCCUGUUAAUCUAUCAGCCGCCUUUUCUUUAGAAGUCCCAGAAACUGCCGAAAAGGUAGAAAAAUUAUUGGAGUUAUUGCUGGACAUCUGUGGAGAACAGUCACACUUAUCCUUAUCAGGAAAUCCUUCACAAGAUAGCAGCUACUAUUUGAAAUUUUUGCAUUCAGCCCAAAAAGUGCUACUUUCCAAAGCCGCAAGAGAUGAUUUCAAAGGCCAAUGGCAGGUGUUAUUAAUUAAAUAUACUCAAAAGCUGUUUAACACUACACAGCAGCUUGUUGACAGACUAAAAGUGAUGGAGCCUAAUGCAGAAGAAAGAGGUCGCAAGACUAUAUUAGAAAGUUUGGUCACCAAUUUAUUGCUGGCCCUGUGCUUAUCACAGACUACAACAGAGUCGUUAUCAUUGCUAAUUCAGCCAUUAAUGAACAUUAUCAAUACCAUGAACUCCAUAGGUGUAAAAGAUCCAAGCCGGGCCAAGAAAAAAACAGCAGUUCAAUCUCAAGUAUAUGAAAGCAACCACCCUUGCACAAAUGCAUCAGAAGCCAAGCUAAUAAAAGUACCCAAUGCUAUAAAAUACUCCUUAAAAUUUGACAGCCAAUGCAAUAUUAGACCUGAAGUUAAUACUUUGGAGCUUUUUACUGAUGAAAAUAAAACUAAUUUAAUUGGAAAAUGGGAUGGUAACAAUUUCCCACACCAGCCAUUUACAGUGGACAGUCCAAGUCUUUUCUUCAAUUUUACCUCAAAUGAAGCAAAUGAUCUAUAUGGCUGGAAAAUAGAUAUCGAAGUUGAGGCAGAAACAGACCAAGUCUUUAUCCCAUGAACUCACCAUUUAAGAGUUGCUGCCAAUUUCUUGAUUGUGCUAUUUAGUAAAAAGCUUAUUAUGGGCGACGAAAACGAUGAAGAACUGGAAGUAUUGAAAAAUCCUUUGUUUAAGUAUGGAAUUCAAGACAAGUGCCAAAAAAUGGUUUUACCGUCAUUAAAGCCAAAGUUGGAUGAAAAUUUGGUUAAUUUAGUAAUCAUUCCUGGCGCUGAUUCUGGGUCUUUAAGCUUCAGAAAAGGCAGCAUGAAUGAUAGAAAAAGCUCUUUGCCAGGCUUUAAGCCAGCUGAACCUAAUCAAGCACUCACGCUAGCAGGCUACAUUGCAAAUUAUACAGCAAGUGCUGCAAGUCUCGCACAAUAUUCAGAAAAUUUGAUAUUAGAAGAAUGGAUAGCUGGUAGUGACAGAGUGAAUCAAGCUUGGAGCAUCAUGAAAAAAGAAGCUGGAGCAGUCGGCCCUCAUACUCUUGUAGGAGGAGUUCAAAUGGAUCAAGCUGAGCGUGCUCUUUUUGCUGUUUACAGCAGCUUCUUUGAUUUUGUUGACGUGCUAGGAAGCCUAAUCGAGUCUCCUAAAGAAGUCAGCGACUCCACCUUAAAAGGACUUAUUAGGCAAGCUUGCCAAAUCAGAAAAUGGGCUCAGCAGCAAAAGCAAGAACUAAUGGACAAUAAUGCAGAAGUGGAUUACUCUUCAAUAAUAAAAGACAUUAUAAAGAGAUGCGUCAUCCUUAUACACUGUGAAUUUAAGCAAGCUCUAAAUGAGCUAGGAAUCCACAGAAUUACAGUCAACACUUUUCCAUCGUACGCAAGAGCGCAAACGACAGACACUAUUAUAUCAGGAAGCAAAGGACCAGAAGCCAAGUUUAGAGAAGGAAAUAAAUGGAAAUCAGUAAAGCAAGCCGCGGAAUCUGUCAAUAGACUUAGGAAUCUUCUAAAAAUAGUAGGGCCUGGAAGAUCCAAUUCUGCAGACCAAGAUGAUGAAAAGAAAGAGUUCAACAAAGUAAAUGCCUUGAUUUUUGAGUUCCUAGAAAAUAAGACUGAACUUACGAAGUACUUUAGUGAGGUUGAUAAAAAAAGAAAUCAAGCAAUGGCAAGAACUAUUGGGAUUAAUUAUCUUAUGCAUAUGUUCAAGAUUUCAUCUAGGAGCCACAAAGCACUAAAAGGGCAAAUCGUUAGGAUGUUUUCUGAAGCUUUUAGAGUUAAUGGCUCAAGCAAAAAAAAGCAUUAUUUGAAAGAUCUCGAAGGCGUAGAUAGUCAGCUGCAAAAAUGUGUGCAAAGAUCGUUUUUCUUGAUGUAUCAGCUGUUAUUAAAUCAUUUAAGGAUAUCAGAAGUAAAAGAGCUGGAUUGUACAGGUCAAGAGGCUUCUCAUAUGUAUCUAAAGACUUUUGAAGCUUUAAGUUUCCCAUUUGAAGAUAUUGACUCCUACAAACUGCUCGACCUGAAGCUUCAUGAAAGCUUAUCUUUCCUGCUGACGUGGUCUAAGGGUCAAAAAAUCAAUGAAUAUGUCUCUUAUAAAUUUGAUCCUGCAAACUGCAUUACAAGUCUUAAAGUUCACAAUGAAGAGGAAUUUCAAGAAAACCAGCCUGAAAACGCUGACUCCCCCCCCCCCUCCGUGAGCGAACAAAAAAAUUUUGUUCGCUCACGGAGGGGGGUUAAUUUUUUUUUUUAAAAAAAAAAAAUUUUAUAUAUAAAUUUUAUAAAAAAUAUUUUUUUUCGAAAUUUAAAAAAAUCCUAAUUUGCAAAAAUUGGGAAGCAAAUAUUAAUUUAAUUUGCAAAAUUUAUGUUUUAAAACGCAAUUUGUUUAAAAUUAAACAGAAUUAGCUCUAGAUUUCAUUAUACUAAUUAUCACUUAUAUAUCAAAAUUUUUUUCCAUUAAAAUUUUUUCUAUUAAAAAAAUUUUUGUUCACUCACGGAGGGUGGGUUUUUUGGUCAAAAAAUGGCGAUUUUUCUAAUGGUUUUGUUCGCUCACGGAGGGGGGGGGGGGAGUGAGUGUUUUUCAUUAAGCACCGUGAAUAGGCUGGAAGGAGAGUUCGGACAAGAGUCAGAAGUCACUCAAAAAUUGUGUUUAGAAGUAAUAAGAGGAGAAGCAAAUAAAAAGCCAAUUGUGCAGAUUUUUAUUGGGACAAUGUGUGAAGAAGAAGGCUUUGAGUUAAUUGAAGGCAAUAUCAAUGAGCAAGGUGAAAAUUUAUUCCUGUUUGUGAAAAGAUCAGACCCGAAAGAAAAUAUCAGCAUUUUAUCAAAGCUUGAAGUCAUUGAAGACAACCCUAUUGUGCUGAGGCCAAUCUUUAUCCCAUAUAGCAGAUUUUUAGUCAAAGAGCAAGAUGCUACAGAGACUGCUAAAAGAAACGAACGAAAACAAUUUUUAAGACAAGCAGCAUGGAUUCUGUUUAAGCAUCUCGUUUAUACAUGUGCUGGAAAGCCUGAACACAAGUAUAUGCAAGAAACCUUAUCUGAGGUCAAAAAAUUCAAGUUGCAGACAAUGUUUGCUGAACUACUACUUGGUGAGGCCUCAUGGAUAAGGACAAAAGAAAGAGUUGACAUGGCACCACGGGAUGUCGCGAAACUGAGAUUGAAAAGAGUCAGUUCAGGAGAACUCUGAAUGCAAGGAGAAGUUUCUAAAGCAAAGCCUCACAGAAAUCCCAUGAUAGAAUGGGUCACCCAGUUCAGAGAAACCUUCAAGCAUCUGUAUCCUUCAGAUAUUUCUGAGCUUGCUGGUGUAGAAUCCCCUAUUGCAUUUGUAGAGAACUGGUUCUUGAAAAUUGACCCAGCAAUGAAAGGAAUUUUGACUAUAGAAGAGUUGAAAACUGCAGAUAUCGCUGAGGAAUUAAGAGAAGAGCAGAGACUAAAAAAUAGUCUUGGACAGAUUGACUUCUUUUGCUAUCUAAAUUUUAUUAUCAAAGAAAACUAUGAAGUUGCCCAGGAAUACGGCGAUGAUGAAUAUGACGAAAUCUACAAGCAUAAACUAAUGAAUACGAUUCCCAGGGAUUUCUAUACGGCCAUGGAAGAAGUUAGCUUUGAGGUACCGAACUUGAUUGCUCAUUUGAAGCGUGAAAUCAACCCGAUUUCACAGAAUUCAAUACUUAACUAUCUUGAGCUGUUCGAGAAUUCUUCAGAUCCUGAAAAGCCAGGAAUUGUUCAUCCUGAUAAAAUCCUUCCGAAUACUCCUUCAGAAUUCAUAAAUCCUUCCAAAGACCUUGACUUCUUUUUAAUGCUUAAUGCCAUUUAUAACUACCCAAAUAAAUUCGGAGACUAUUAUUCUGAGCUCCAUCAAGCAUUGCCAAAUACCGAUGACCUGCCAGCUUCAGUGGAAGAAAUGCUGAACCCUCAAAAAGUUGACUCAAGCUUAAAUGACUAUAUUGCUUCUUUGCUAUGGGUCCUAUACCAGACUUGCUGCUCAGAUGGAAUGACAAAGGUGCUAGCUAAGCCAGAGUACAUUGAAGGAAUUUUGCGUCAUAUGCUCUUUGGGGCCUCAGAAACUAUUAUUGUCAUCGCGUUCAGGAUUAUUAGGAGCAUUGUUCCUUCCCAGCUGACUCCGCAAUUGUUUUCUCAGAUUUGGCAGUCGAUUCCUAAAGAAUUCAUGGACAAGUAUCUGAGUCCAGAAAUCAGGGAUGACUGGCUGAGUACUUUUCUAGCAUUUGUGGGAAUGAGGAAUUCUUAUCAUAUUAAGUCUGACAAAGAGUUUAUACCCAACCUUAGCAAGCUAGGCAUUUGGAGUAAUGAAGCAUCAGAGUUCUUGAAAGCAGUGUGCAUGAGAAAUAAAUGGAAGCAAGAAGUGCUCACUGCAAUUUUGACUUCUAUUGAAAACAUGCUCACAAACUUGGAGCAAAAUAACUAUGCUGUGCUGAAUUAAAUAAAUGUUUUUAAAAUUUGAAGAUUACAGUUUAGUUUUUUAAUUAUUGGCAUGACAGCAUAAAGCUCUAUUCAUAAAAGAAUAUGUUUUUUCAUAUGAUUUAGGCCUAGGCUCUUUAACUCCCCCCCCUCCGUGAGUGAACAAAACCAUUUUAAAAAUCGCUAUUUUUUGCCCAAAAACCCACCCUCCGUGAGUGAACAAAAAUUUUUUUAAUACACAAAAAUUUUUUAUGGAAAAAAUUUUUGAUAUAUAAAUGAUAAUUAAAAUAAUGAAAUCUAGAGCUAAUUCUGUUCAAUUUUAAACGAAUUGCUAUUUAAAACAUAAAUUUUUAUAAAUUAAAUGAAUAUUUGCGUUCCAAUUUUUGCGAAUUAGGAUUUUUUUAAAAAAAAAAAAAUUAACCCCCCUCCGUGAGUGAACAAAAUUUUUUUGUUCACUCACGGAGGGGGGGGAGUAAGCUUUUUAACAAUGUGCUCAUCAAAUUAUUCGCCUUUAGACAAACACUUGCAAGAAUGGAGCUAUGUCACCUUAAAAGGAGGAUCUUUGCCUCAAGGACAUAUAAUCAGUCUGAACAAAAAAACACGAGUUAUGCAGAUAUACUCUGAAGAAGAUGACGCCAUCCAUGAUGAAAGCAUGAACCAUCUCGACCAAAUGAUUUCUUUAAUCAGACCAAACCUAUUUUCAUCAAUGACCUCAGCUGAAUCCCAAAAUCUCUUCAAAAUGCUUAACAAAUUGAUUGUUUUCAUAAAAGAAAAAGACAAAGUCCCUAUUGUCGAUGAUGUCGAAAAACUCCACUCAAUCAGAGCCAUCUGGCGCCAGCUCGAGUGCUUGAUAUAUCAAACACUUUCUUCCUUAACCUCCCACAAGGUCCAAUACACUGAAGAAGAAGCUAAUCAAAUGGUAGAGUCCGUCUUUAGCCGCGUCAUCAGCAACGAAGAUGGUGAUGUUAUAGAAAACAGCCUAAGAUACAGAACCAUCAGGAUGCUCUUAUAUUCCAAAUUGAAGCAAGGAAAAAUAGAAAACCUUAAGAAGAACGACACUGUAGAAAUAGAAAUCAGCGAAGAAAAAGAAGAGGAAGAGUUCAAAUACAUGUCAGAAGAGGAAGAAAUGAAAAUCAUCGCAGCCAUGAAUGAAGAACAGCAGAUCAUUGUGGUCAGCCUGAAGUCAAUGGGGUUCAAUUUCAGAGCUAUCCAAGCGGCUAUGAAUGCCAAACUCAAAGAUGUAGAAGAAAUCGCAGCUUGGAUCACGGAAAAGAAAGAGCAAGAAGAGCAUAAACAAGUGGAGCCAGUUCAGGUACAGGGGGUCAGCUAUAUUUAUAAACUGAGGAAAGAGGAAAGCAUCACUUGCCAGAUCACUGAUCACUCAGGGAUUGCACAUUUUGAUGAGUCAGCAAGUGGGCAUAUGUCAAUCACAUGCAGAAUUCCUUUAGACGAGCAAAAAGCGAUUAAAAAACACUUCGAAGCCAACGUUUUUCGACACUUGAAUGAGUUUUGCCCAGAAAUCACCUUCCUAGCGACCAUUGGGUACAAGACAGAAAAUAUUUCAGGAAUAAUUGGGCUGAGCAUCGGAAAUCUUCAAAUUUCUGUAGACUCCUCUCAAGAGGUUGCUUUAGUUAUGAUAGGAACUGAAAUUGUUGCAACAAUUUCUAAAAGCUCUAACUAUUCCUUCAGGAUUUUUGCCAAUUUCAAUGGAACCAUUACAAUUCAAAAUGAGACAGAAGAGUUCAAGCACACCUGCUCUGAACUCACAGUGUAUGAUGGCCUUGCUAUUGGUGACUUCGGAAUAUUUUUAGUUUUAGGAGAGUCUGUAGUCCUUAAAGGUUUUGCUAUCUGUCAAGGCCACUUCAUGGGCACUCUUAACUAUUGGGAAGAAGAAAAAACAAAAGAUUCGCAGAAGCCUGCAGAGGAAAAAAACGCAAAAAGGUUUGUAGACUUGAAGCCUAAAGAGCAAAACCAGACAGCUUUAAGACUGCGCACAACUGGUGCACCUUCAGAGCUAUGUGAAGAACUCGCGAGCCGAUAUGUUAGCUUUGACAAAGCAUUAGAAGUGCUGUUAGAUCAAAACGCAUCAUUUAUGUGGCAAGACCAGCUAGAAACUAAUAUAGACCCACCAAUAGUAGAAAUCGCAAUGGUAGACUCUGUAGAAGAUAUAGAAGAAGGAUACCUGAGGGUUAGUGUAUAUAUGGAUGGGCAAGACAUCACAGACACAGUUCAGCUUGAAAAUAGGAAAAUCUUAUGCUAUAAGCAGCACUAUGGAUCUGCACCACCUGGGAAUAUGAUCACCUCUAUUUCUAUUGGAGGAACUCCAGAAAGCCAUAAAGAAGAUACAGAAAUAGGGAAUCUCACAAAAAACCAGGAAGGAGAUAUUGAAAACAGAGUUUGGGCCACAAAAUUAGCAAGAGCGAAAUUAGGAACGAGGCAGCCAUUGACCAGAAUUAUGAUGCUCGCUUCAAAAAACCCUAACCAAGUUGCAGUGCCGCCAGGGUUUGAAGUGGUUCACUACGAAAACAAAGCCGUGAACAUCGCCCAGGAUUCUUGCGAGUUCUUUGUGUUCAUUGCCUAUUGCAAGACAUCAGCUUUAUUAGGGUAUCCUGUAACUCCUCUUAUAUACUCAAAAGUCAACCUCUCUGAGCAUGGACUUGUAGAUGUCCUUGAAAAUGUUUCUCCUGAAGCAAACGCAGAAAAAAUGAAGAAGAUCGAAGAAGAGCUUGCAAACUAUAACCAAUAUUCUGUGAUUGAGCUGCUUGCACAUGUAAAGCAUCUUGAUGAAGUUGGAAGAAAUUUAGCAAUGAAGACAUUUUUCUUACAAAUAAUUCAAGUUUUGCCUUCAACCUUGCCUUACUUAGUAUGCAAAAAUCCUGAAAAUUUCGCACUGCUUUAUAACUUAUUGAAAGAUAAUAUUUCUAUUUUGGAAUCUACAAUCUUAAAAGUAUUACAAGGCCCGUAUGCUGUUAGUAUGGCAAGAAUUUUACUUCACGAGUGCAUUUUGCAGCUGAUUCUAGCAUCCACAUGUUCAGCACCGACUGGGAAAUUGAGCGAACUUCUUAUCGAGUCAGGGCAUCCUUAUGAAAAUAACAUGAGGCACGACCAAACUAUUACGAUCCCUGGAGCUGCAGGACUAAGAAUAGAGUUUGAUCAGCAGUGUCAUACAGAAUCUGGCUGCGAUAUUCUGAGAUUCUUUAGACAGCCAAAUCAUGUUGGGCAGAUUUGUGAGUACUCUGGCAGAAGUUUCCCCGACUUUGAAGUAGAAGGCGACACUAUUUUCUUGUACUUCUACUCAGACUCCUCCUGUGUGGAAUGGGGCUAUAAAUUCCGAGUCAUCCCAGUUGAGCCAGCAAAUUCAAAUUCCAAUGAUCCUCUGCUGAAACGCAUGAGUAUCGAGCAUGCUCUAUGGAUUCUAGAAAAAUUGAUUUUGGGCCAAAAAGCAGUUCCUUUUGAAUGUCAUAGAUUUUUACAAAAAGAGCUUAUCAACCCUCUCACAAUCUUUAUCCACUCCAUCAAAGAUCCUAAUAAGCAAGAACGAGGGGUGAGGAUUCUUCAAGGCCUGCUUAAAAAGCAGUCUGAGUCGUUCCCCGCCUUGCAAAGAGUUGUUGAUUUGAUAACUGAGGAGACUCGAUCUCUGUACCAUUUCGAGAAAAGCAAUAAAGGAAGUUCUGAACUCUUGCAGAAACUGGUUAGUUUGAUCACUGAGCUGAAGGCGAAGUACCACAUUAAUCUUGAUGAAAGAUGGUUCCAUGAGAUUUGCGACGCGUUUGCAAUAAUGAAAGGAUUCUGCAACAGAGAUGAAAAUAUGUAUCCUAUAUUGUUUGAGCAGUUCAGAGCCACUAACAAAGUCUCUUUGGAGAGAAGUAGAGAGUCCGGACAUCCUUAUUCCAAAAAGCCGACCACAAAAGAGGUCUCAGUGAAAGGCGCAAGCUUUUUGGAAAUAGAAUUUGAUGAAAGAAGCAAGCUGGAUAACCAAGAUGCGAUAUUAUUCACCUAUGACAAGGCUGGACUCCAACCAAUAGAGACAGGAACUGACGUUGCACUUACUGAUGCAGCAUGGGCAAACGACCCAAGAGGACCUGAUAUACAGUUCAGUAACAACAACAGAGCAGUGACUAGGACAAAUUCAAGUGGCUGGGGCUGUGCUGUGUGGUCUGAGUCCUAUUCCCAAGGUAAAAUAAAAAUCACCUUCCACAUUGAUAACGACGGCCGAUCUGAUUACCUCUAUAUCGGAAUCUUCAAAGCUGAUGGUAACUACCGACUUAACGAAGUCAUUAACAGUGACAACUCUCACGAUCUCUGGACAUGGAAAACAACAGGCGAAUUCCAUCGACGAGGAGAGAAGGUCACAAACUCUGAGUCCAAGUAUCGGUCUGGAGACUCAAUAGCGCUGAUGAUUAACAUGGAAGAGAGGUCAAUCACCUUCAUCAAAAAUGAAAUAGAACUCCACACUUUCAACGACAUCGCUGAUGAAGUCAUCCCAGUUGUCUGUUUUGGAGGCAGCAACCAAAAUUUAACAGUCACUUCUGUAGAGAGUUACAUCGCCUCGUUUAGCAAGCUUAGCAAGAAGAAAUUUACUAUUGAUGGCGACCAAGUUUUCUAUCAUUUCCCUAUUAACUGUGGAUAUUUGCUGACUCAUAUGCAUGCAUGGAAAAGGCCAAGCAACCUCUCUGGAAAUAUUUACUUCUCACAAGACCAAAGGAAGGUCAAAACUACUGGUCCAGUUGAAAACAGAAGUGUUCAAAUCACUGGACUUGGGAUGCAGGCAGGAAGGCAUUAUAUAGAAAUUUUGGUCAACAAGAUGAAGGAGAAUGAUAAAAUUCAGCUAGGAAUUGUACCAGAUGGGAUUGAAAGGCAUGGGUCUCUUGUGAGAGAUAACACUGCUUGCUAUCAGGCAAAUGGGAUUGCUACUUUCAACGGAGUUGAGCGUCAAAUUGAGCCAUUCCAAGCCAAGGAUAUCAUAGGAAUUUAUUUCGACAUUGAGAAAAGCACGACAACCUUCUAUAAAAAUAUGGUCGAAGUGGCCACAUCAGUAAUGACAAUUGAUGCAGAGAGGAGCUAUGUGUUCGCAGUUUCAUUUGAUGGAGAAAAACAAGAAGUUAUCAUCAAUAAAACACCAGCAAUACCAGAAGAAAUUGAUUUAAUGGGAAUGAAAAGAGAGUUCCCACCUGGGGCAGAAGCAAAAGAAUGGGGCUAUAAGUUUAAGGUCACUCCUUGCUACACUGGAGAUAACAAAAUGAGAGUGAUAGAAUGUUUAACUGAAAAACAGCUAGAAAAAUGGAAGAUUUUCACAGAAAAGCACUUAAGCAAUAUAAGUAAAGCAACUGAAGAGCAAUUAGUCCAGUUCAUCGAUGAGCUCUGCAUAUCUAAAGGGAAAGACCCGAGCAAGCUUGAAAUAGAAGAUAUCAACCCAGCUCCUCAAGAUUUGCGGCAUUAUCAGCUGUUAGAAAAUCUCUCAGUUGGAGAUCUCCAAGAUAUGUUCAGGAUUAUUUCUUAUUUCAACAAGCAGGUAGAAAAAAUUUUGCCUUUAAUUUCGCUUGACUUAAACACCACCUCUAGAGAAGGUCUUGAUGAGCUGCAAAAGCUCUUCUUAAGCACAAGAGGCUACAUCUUCUUCAACAUGAAAAACUCCAUGUUCAAUGCCGUUUUGAAUAGCACAAAGACGGAGUCAAGACCUGAAAUUUCUGUUGACAGAACUAAAGCUAUGAGACUGAAAUAUCUAGGAAAGGUAGACUCACAAGCUUUGGUAAGCCUAUUUGGACAAAUUUAUAGAGUCAUCAAUACAAAUACUCCGCGGUCAUUUAGGAAUCCUGAAAGAAUCUUUAAAGUUGUUUUCAGAGGAGAAGGGUCAACAGAUGCAGGAGGACCAUAUAAUGAAGCUUUAAGCACUAUGUGUGAUGAGCUUAUGUCUCGAUUCCUUCCUCUCUUUGUGCCAACGCAAAAUAAAGUUCAUAGCGUUGGUGAGAACCGUGAUUCUUGGAUAAUCAACCCUAUAGCAGAUUCUGCUUUGCAGCUUGACCUAUUCCAAUUCCUCGGCAAACUUAUGGGUGUUGCGAUAAGAACCCAAAACAACUUGAACUUAACCCUUCCUCCGCUAUUUUGGAAGAGACUUAUGCUAGAAGAAGUCACCAUAAACGAUUUGAAAGGAGUCGACGAAUGCUGUGUACAGAUGCUUGACAUACUAAGGAAUCUUAACGAGCAAGGCAUUACCCCUGACAACUUCGGAGAUGCGUUUGAAAACAUCAACUUCAGCACUCAUGACUCCAGCGGAAGAAUUGUUGACCUCGUCAAAGAUGGCAGAGAAAUCCCAGUUACUUAUCAGCGAGCCCAAGAAUACGCUGUCCUAGUAGAGCAGCUGAGACUUAAUGAAAGCGAAAAGCAAUAUACUGCUAUCAGAAAAGGGAUCAGCUGUGUAGUGCCUUUGAAUCUGUUGAACUUAUUCAGCUGAAAACAAGUAGAAAAUAUGGUCUGUGGAGCAGCUGAUAUUGAUGUGGAUCUUCUGAAAGGGAAAACUGAGUAUGAAAACAUAAGCGCAGAUGCACCACAUGUAAAAUAUUUCUGGGAAGUCCUUAAAGAAGUAAGUGCUAGGGAUCGAUCCCAGUUCUUGAGAUUUGUGUGGGGAAGAUCUAGGCUACCAUCAGGCAGAGAUUUCAAGAGAUUUAAGCUGACACAGUUAAAUAAAGCUGGAAACCCUGACAGCUAUUUGCCAGUAGCCCACACAUGCUUUUUCCAACUGGACUUGCCUCCAUAUUCUUCUAAAGAAAUUAUGAGGGAAAAAUUCUUAUACGCAAUUACCCAUUGUCAAGCAAUUGACUUGGACAGAGUUGCAGAAGGAGGCUGGGAAGAAGAAAUUAAUUUCUAA